CUUGGCUACUGUUAUUUCUUUUCACAUUUAUCAACAUCUAUAACGUUUAUCCUCCCUUUUGGCAGCAUAUCAUGUCAGAUUUGCAACAAAUAAGGGCUUACUCAACAUGUUCAUUGUGAUAUUUUAGUGGAGAGGCUGUUUAUUAUAGCUUAUAGUUCAUAUUCAGGCUAAUCAGGGAUCUGCAAUGCUAUUAGCUUUCAACAUAACCAGGGGAAAAAAGGGAAAUGAUCACUAGAUACGACAGCAGGCCUAACAAGAAAAGAAUAUGGCUGAAGAAGUUGUGCAUUCUAAGGAAAUUGCUAUUGCAUUUAUCUGAUUCCAUUUAAUGAGGAGUUGCUACUUCAUUCCUGGUCCAUUCCCUAUUUCAUCUUCACUCCCAAACAGAGCAGUGUAGGGGUUAAACUUUGAUGACAAAGUUCUGGAAAAUGUAUAGAGGUUCCUUAGGAACUUUAGAUGUUCCAGAAUGGGAAUCUGAAUGAGAAAGGAGAGGCUUGGAUGGAAUAGGAAGCUCUCUUUACAAAUGUCAAAGUUAGUAGUAGAGUGGGAAUAACAGACCAGAAGCAGCUUCACUUGAUAACUAAUUUGCAGUGGGCGGUAAAGGCAGGCAUGACGCCAGCAUCACCACUUUAUAAAUAAUAAAUCUUUCUUCUGUGGUAAUGUUGUGAAAGGCACAUGGUAAGGUUGCAUCAGUAUGGUGAAAUAUCGCAAAAUGGGUGGGUCUGUCUAGAGAAACAUCUGUGUUUGUAAAAGGAUCAUGCUACAAAUUACAAUCCGGAACACCUUGAAUAUACAGCAUGGCAGUAAUCUGGAAUGUAACACUGGAAACAAAUGCCAUCAGCCAGAGAUGGCAUAUAUGCUGGUAUGUUCUUAACAAAAUACUCAAGAUAAAGGUAUUUGCUGGCACUUUAGCAUGUUGUAUCUCUGUAUUAAAGAAAAGUAGUAAACUGAAAGCAUACCUCACUUCUGUUCUUCAAGAGCCAGUUUCACCUGUUUGUGUUGCCUCCUUACAAACAGGACCGGUAUAGCCAAUAACUGUUCCUUAGGAUGCUUUUUGUCAUGAUAGCAAAGGGAUUAAAGUAGAAGCCAGCUGUUAGCUGUUGAGAAGUGGGAACGUUAGGAAAUAUUUACCUACUACCUCCUCUUUUUCCUAACUACCUGCCUUACCCCACUUCCCAAAUGGUAACAUUUUUUUACCCCAUCCACCUUCAGGGAGAUGCUAUCAGUGAACCAAAUGGCUGCACAAAAAUGCUUUUGGUUUUCCUCAGCUGGCCUCUCUUAGGAAAAAACUUAGCUGUAUCCAACAAUUCAGAUAUGGCGGAAGUGAAGUCAAUGUUCCGGGAAGUUCUUCCAAAACAAGGGCAGCUGUCUGUGGAAGAUAUAACCACAAUGGUGCUGUGUAAACCCAAACUUUUACCCUUAAAAUCUCUGACUCUGGAAAAAUUGGAGAAAAUGCAGCAAGCAGCCCAGGAUACAAUUCGCCAACAAGAAAUGGCAGAAAAGGAACAACAGCAAAUAACUCACUGAAUGAUAACUUAGCACUUCUACAGAAUAUCCUACCUUAGUAUUAACAAUAGCUAGAAAAUAAUUUGCACCUGUAUGCUGAGAACAGUGUGUGUUAAUAAAACUGAUAGUGCUUAUAAAUAAUAUAAAAAUACCCAAGACUAAUGAAACUUGUAUUGUGAAUUUAGACACUGUGGUUUGUAUUGAACAUAAGCAAUUAAAAAAACUUUGAACCCAAA